CCUGGCUCGAGUACAUCUAUAUUGGGAGUAACAUACAUACGAUACAUACGUACAUAAUACAUGAUUACAUACAUACGGUAAUACACGCGCAAAUACAGGGGUAGAUGCAUACGCAGAUGCAUCCGGCCACAUGGACUACACACGUUCUAUUCUUGCAAAUCCAACGAUCCAACGCCGCAAGAACACCCAAGUGGCCAGACCGAACACCUUGUGCAUAUAACCCUGUCAGCACCAGCCUCGCCGAGAAAUUGGGAACAUGGAAGCAGGUCUGAGGUCAUCUCGAAGUCUGCUGGUGGAUUCUUCGAAAUAGAUGCCAUUCCCCUUAUCCCACCGGGUAUAAUAAUAACUCCGGCCGUCUAACACAGAAGUCACUGUUGAAAAGGGUUCUUACGUGGACCAUUUCAUCAGUGUCACACCAACAAACUAAGGGAACGAAAGAAAGAAAGGCCAAAGAAGAAAGGGACCAGCCAUGGUCUCCGCCCAAGAUGAUGGUGCGCAGCGGAAGCUCGCCCAUACUCUGCUCUUGGAGCUGAUGUCAUAUCAAUUUGCCUCCCCGGUCCGCUGGAUCGAAACCCAAGAUGUUGUGCUCGGUCAAUACCGCGCCGAGCGCAUCAUUGAGAUCGGCCCAGCCGCAACACUUACCAACAUGAUCAAACAAACCGUCCAGUCCAAAUUCCUGCACAGCGACCGGGCCUCCCUGCUGGAGCGUCAGUUGCUCGCCUCCGAGAAACAGGGGAAGGAUAUCUACUAUGAGGACGAUGGCGUUGGUAUUGGCAUUGGCGCGGAGGCACCCGCUCCGGCUGCCCAGGCCCAUACCCAGGCUUCCGGUGGCGACGGGACGCCUGCUGGCGUCGGCAGUACUGCUGCUGUUAAGGCCCCUCCCGCUCCCGCCGCCAAAGCGGUAGCACCGGCUGGCGGCAUCGAAGCCAUCGAAGACCAACCAGCGCGAGCCUCUGAGAUCGUUCGCACACUGUUAUCGAGAAUUUUGAAGAUCGCGGUGACGGACGUGGUCGGGACACAGAGUAUCAAAUCGCUGUCUGGUGGUCGCUCAACCCUAGAGAACGAAAUCAUCGGCGACCUCGCCAGCGAGUUCGGGUCCCUCCCCGACCGCGCCGAAGACCUUACAGUCAGCGACCUCAGCGCUGCCCUCCAAAAGACCUUCACGGGCCAGAUGCGCAAGGUAAUACUGAAAAUGCUCCACGCGAUGUUCGCGUCCAAAAUGCCCGGCCAAUUCACCGUCGCCACAGCGCGAACAUAUCUCCAGUCCCGCUGGGGCUUAGGUUCUGGGCGUCAAGAUUCCGUCCUGUUAUUGGCGAUUGCGCAGCAGCCCGGGAGUAGACUUAAGGAGGAGGCAGAGGCUAGAUCAUUCUUUUAUGGGCUUGUACAAUUUUAUGCGGCUGAGCAUGGAUUGACGUUAGGCGCGAAUUCGGGUGCCACAGAUGAGACAUCAGGGUUGGGGGAGAGUUUGGCGAUGGAUCAGAAGACGUUAGCGGCCUUGACGGGGGGACAGCGGGAGCUGUCGAAGGCGCUGUUGAAGAUCUAUGCCAAGCAUUUGAAUAUCGAUCUGGAUGGGGAUCGGCGCGCGCUGCAUGAUCUGCAGGCGACGGUGGAGAAAGAUCUGCGGCUGGCGCUGGACCAGAUUCGUCAGGAGCUUGGGGAGGAUUUUACCGAUGGGGUGAAACCGGUGUUUAGUGCGAGAAAGGCGAGGAGGUUUGAUAGUGCGUGGAGCUGGGCGUUGCAGGAUCUGCUGCAGUUGUAUUAUGAGGUGUCGAGGGCUGGUGGUGAGACGGAGGAGGUGCAUCUGGCGGCGAGACAAUGCAAGCAUAUUGAGGAUGCGGCAGACCCCAGGCUCCUGGAUGUGCUACAGCGGAUAAUGUGCAAGUUCGAGCAACAGCCAGUGCUGUCGUCUUUAUUUACACAGCUUGCGGCGCGGUGUCGCGAGUCGUUGCUGCACGGUCCGAGAUACCUAGCGCGGCCUGAUAAUCGGGGUCCGCGCACAACGAUCAGCGCAGAGGGCAAUAUCUCCUACACUGAGCAGGACCGGCCUGAGCCAGUGCCACUCGCGAAUUUGGUGUAUCUUCCCAAAAGCACGGAGGUGGCCCCGCUGGAGCCGUUCCUGCACCUGAAGCAACGGGCUAGUGGUUCUUCCUGGGCAUACAGCCGCGACCUCACGGAGCAGUACCGCGCCGUGCUGGAGCAAGCCACGACCGUCGGAGAGUCCUUUGCUGGUCGCUCUGUUCUCAUCACUGGCGCUGGAGUUGGGUCCAUUGGUGCGGAAGUCCUCAAGGGCCUACUAGCUGGCGGUGCUCGCGUGAUUGUAACAACUAGCCGCUUCUCAUCCAGCGUGGUCCGCAAGUACCAGGACUUGUAUGCACAGGUUGGGUCUCGCGGCUCGGAGCUGGUCGUCGUGCCCUUCAACCAGGCCAGCGUGCAAGAUGUCACCGCGCUAGUCAAUUACAUCUAUGACGCCCAGGGCGGCCUGCAUUGGGAUCUCGACCAUAUCCUGCCCUUCGCGGCUAUGCCCGAGAAUGGCCGAACAAUUGAGAAGAUCGACCCGCACUCCGAAUUGGCUCAUCGGACUAUGAUGGUCAACACGCUGCGCCUGCUCGGUGCUGUCAAGGCUCGCAAAGAAGCGCAGGGCUCGCAGACGCGACCAACCCAGGUCAUCCUGCCUCUCUCCCCCAACCACGGUGUUUUCGGUGGAGACGGUCUCUAUAGUGAGUCUAAACUGGGUCUGGAGGCACUCUUCAACCGUUGGCACUCGGAGGACUGGUCCGACUACCUCUCCGUGUGCGGUGCCGUGAUCGGCUGGACCCGGGGAACAGGUCUCAUGAGCGGCAAUAACCUUGUAGCGGAAGGAAUCGAGGAGCUAGGAUGCCGAACCUUCUCCCAGCAAGAGAUGGCCCAGUGUCUCCUCUGCCUCAUGUUCAACCCCAUGUGCAGUCUCUGCGAGGAGGCGCCCCUCUACGCCGACUUAUGCGGCCGCAUGGGUGCGGUGCCGGAUCUCAGACAGAAGGUGCAGGAGCUGCGCACGGAAAUCAAUGAGACGGCUAACACGCGCAAGGCGCUCCUGGAGGAGCUGGAGAUGGAAGCCAAAUGCUGUGAGGAGCCAACACUCACGGCUGCUUCCGAACCAGCAAAGGCUACGGCCACCCCCACCCCAACAGCUCACGUCCGUCUGGACUUCCCCCCAACCCUCGACUACAAUCAAGACAUCAAGCCACUCACACCCGACCUACAGGGCAUGGUUGACCUCGACCGUGUUGUCGUGGUGACAGGAUUUGGGGAGAUUGGACCAUGGGGCAACGCGCGUACGCGGUGGGAGAUGGAAGCCUACGGGGAGUUCUCACUCGAAGGCUGCGUUGAAAUGGCCUGGUUGAUGGGGCAGAUCCGGUAUGAGAACGGUGCAAGUGCAUCACCGGGUUGGGUGGACGCAAAGACAAACGAGCGUGUCCACGACCAUGAGGUCAAGCAGAAGUACGAAGAGCAUAUUCUGUCCCACACGGGCAUUCGUCUCAUUGAGCCCGACCGGUUCGGUGCAAACUACCACCCCGAGCACAAGCAGCUGCUGCAUGAGGUGCUUAUCCAGGAGGACUUCCCCGAAUUGGAGGUGCCUGAGGCUACUGCGCAGCAGAUGAAGCUGGAACACGGGGACAAGGUGGAUAUUAUCCCCGAUCCAGAGGGAGGCGAUCAGUGCCGUGUGGUCUUGAAGAAGGGGGCAAAGUUGAUGGUUCCCAAGGCGCUGCGGCUGGAUCGAAUGGUCAUCGGACAAAUUCCCACUGGCUGGGACGCACGCAAGUACGGGAUUCCGGACGAUGUGAUCUCGCAGGUAGACCCGGUUACCUUGUACAUGCUGGCCUGCUCGAUUGAGGCCCUACUUUCGUCAGGGAUCACCGAUCCCUAUGAGAUCUACCGGUAUAUCCACGUCUCGGAGGCCGGCAACUGCGUUGGCUCCUCCUUGGGCGGUUUUAACUCGCUCCAGCAGAUGUAUCGCGGCCGAUAUAUGGAGAAGGAAGUGCAGAAAGAUAUCCUGCAAGAGACAUUCGUCAACACCAUCGGUGCUUGGAUGAACAUGCUCCUCAUGUCCUCUGCCGGCCCCAUCCGGACACCCGUCGGCGCUUGCGCAACCGCAAUCGAGUCCGUCGAGCUAGGAUACGACACGCUGAUCAGUGGCAAGGCGCAAUUCUGCUUCGUCGGUGGCGGCGACGACUUUGGCGAGGAGGUUCUCUACGAGUUCGCCAAUAUGAAAGCCACCGCCAACACAGUCGACGAGUUCGAGCAGGGCCGCGAGGCCUCUGAGAUGUCUCGUCCUGCUGCAAGCACGCGCAACGGCUUCAUGGAGUCCCACGGCUGUGGCGUCCAGAUUCUCACGACCGCAAGACUCGCCAUCGAGAUGGGCCUGCCUGUCCGCGGCGUGGUCGCCUUUGUGGAAACCUCCAGCGACAAGGCAAGUCGGUCGGUCCCCGCGCCUGGAAGGGGGAUCCUCUCCAAGGCCCGUGAGGUGCAACCCUCCUCCUCUUCGCUCAUUUCUUCGCCAUUACUCAAGAUCUCAAACCGACGCAAGCGCCUCGACUUUCGCAAAAAGCAGAUCGAGUUCGCGCGGGAGACUGCCCUCGAGGAGCUCCCACUUGAGAUUGUCAGCAUUGAGGAAUCCGAGGUCGAGAAUUAUGUCCGCGAGCGCACGGCACAGAUUGAUGCCGAAGCACGCAAGGAUCUCAGAAACGCCCAGUACCACCUCGGCAAUGCCUUCUGGCAUAACUAUCCUAGCAUCGCGCCCCUGCGCGGGGCAUUAGCCGUUUGGGGUCUUACCAUCGAUGACCUCGACGUCGCCUCCUUCCACGGGACAUCAACGAAGCUGAAUGAGAAGAACGAGUGCAGUCUUAUCCAGGCUCAGCUUUCCCACCUUGGCCGGACAAAGGGGAACGUCAUCCUCGGCGUGUUCCAGAAAUAUCUAACGGGGCAUCCCAAAGGCGCAGCCGGAGCGUGGAUGCUCAACGGCGCUCUGCAAAUCCUGGACACAGGGAUCGUACCGGGGAACCGCAAUCUCGACAACGUGGAAGCCGAGCUGCAGAAGAACGAGCAGAUAGCCUUUUUAAAUCGGUCAUUGGACACAGGCCGCGGCAGCAUGCGCGCGGUGAGCGUCACUUCAUUCGGAUUCGGACAGAAGGGCGCUCAGACUAUUGUCGUGCAUCCCAAAUAUCUGUUUGCGACGCUAGAGGAGCAGGAAUAUAAGGAAUAUGUGGACAAGCGAGCGAAGAGGCAAAAGAAGGCCGAUUCGUUCUUCUAUCGGGGGUUGGCUUCCAAUAGGCUUUUUGAGCUGAAGACUGCGCCGCCGUGGGCGCCGCAGAAGGAGUUGGAGACGCUGUUGGAUCCCACGGCAACAGCAUAUCUAUGCUUCCGCCGGUCUCCACAAACCAAUGUUGAUGAUAGGGUGGCUCGGUAA